AUGCCUGAACUGGAGAAAACGGUCUUUUACAAAAGGCACGUUGGUUUUACCAGCUCUCCACCAAACGGUUUUCUGAGUGUGCCACACCAGCAGCAGCAGCUGCAAACGCCGAACCUCACUUCAAUGCCAGCAAACACUGUCUUCACUGUCAACAAUAAUCCCCAUCAUUUGAGUGAUAGCGACAGUGACAGUGACAGUGACAGUGGCGAUGAUGAUGAUGACGGCAGUGAAAUUGAAGCCGAUGAUGAUCACUACCCUUAUCGCCGUCAUCAGCCACCAGCGCCUCCGCCGCCUACGCCGAGAGCCAACUCCAAUCUUCUGCUCAGCAGCGGUAACAGUGAAAGGCCCGGACCUGGAACUGCUGUGGUCAAUCGAGGAAGAGGCGUUUCCUACAGCCAAAGCCAGAACUCCCGUUCCUCGGGAGAGGUGGCCACCAUCGCCUGGAUGAUCAUCCUCGGCGAUGGCAUGCACAACUUCAUCAACGGCGUGACCAUCGGGGCGGCCUUCACGCAGAGCAUCAUGGAGGGCAUCAGCAUCUCGGUGGCGGUCGUUUGUGAGGAGUUUCCCCAUGAACUGGGCGACUUUUCGCUGCUCAUCAGCAGCGGUAUGUCGAUGCGCAAGGCGCUGGGCUACAACUUCAUCUCAGCCUGCACCUGCUACCUCGGUAUGAUAGUGGGCAUACUGAUUGGCGACUUCUCCGACGCCACGCCCUAUGUUUUUGCCCUUGCUGGAGGGAUGUUCCUGUACAUUUCACUGGUGGACAUGAUGGGUGAGCUGUCCACCAAUCUAGAGGCGGCCAAUCGAAAGCGCGGACUAAGAUUUACCGCGCAAAUGCUCAUUCUCCAAAAUUUGGGCAUUCUCAUUGGCGUGAGCAUCAUGUUCAGUUUGGCAAAGUACAGCGAUAAAAUUAACUUUGAAGGUUUAGUGCCGCCUAAAAACUCUGAUAUGCCCUUUACAGAAUCGUAG